AUGUUGGGCUGGAUGUUAAGACGCGGUGAGAACGCGCCAGAGCCAGUCAAUGAAGGAGAUACAACUCAAAUCGAUGUGCCAGACACUCCUGCGCCCGUCUUCGCUGCCAGGGCGUUCAAAAGCGCAAUAUUUGGAACACCAGCGCGACCCAGCAACCAAUCCACGAGAGCAUCAGGGAAAAGCAAAAAUGCCAGGAUGGAUCAGGAAUCCUCCCGGACACCACAGCGACCGCAAGGAAUACUUCUUACUCCGGGAACGGGCACUACGAGACGGAAGCGCGUAUCAUUCGGACAAGACGUCAAGAAAAAUGCCAACCAAAACAAAGAGCCAGAAUCGCGCCAGCGCACACGCUUGAACGAGGCGCUUGAGAAAGCAUCAAAGACGGUGAAUCAAAAGAACGAAGAGCAACAAGAACCAGACAAUUCCUCAGACGAAUGGGAAGAAGCCGAUGACGAGGACUACUGCACACACGACAUCACGAUCGACCUUAACGAGCCUCAUUCGCAGUCGGGCAGAUACUGGAAGGAAGAAUUUGAGAAAUACCACGAGGAUGCGAAAGUCGAGAUGGAGAAGUUGCUCAAGUACAAGCAGCUAGCAAAAUCCUAUGCGAAACAGAAAGAUGCAGAGGCGAAUGAGCUUGCAGUAAAGCUCAAAGAAGAACAACAGAGGGUGAUUGAGAUGGAGAAGCAGAUUGCCGAAGGUGCCUCCAAAAUCGCAUCAAAGCGCGGAGACAGGUCGGGCGAAAGCAGCGCCGAUCUUCUGUCAACACUCACCAAGCAAACUGCCCUGGCCGUGCAAUAUCGAACGCGAGUGCAGGAGUUGGAGGACCAACUUGAAGAAAUCCUUUGCGAACGAGAGGAUGACCCAGAUUGGAAGGACCGGAAGGGACGACAGACGACAUCACCCAGGACUGAAAAGACCCUCCUUGAGACACAGAGCCAAUUGAGACGAGCCCGUAUGCAAGUCAAAGAAGCCGACGAUCUUCGCAACCAAAUAUCCUCUCUGAAAACCCAGCUCAAAGCGGCCGAAAAACGAGCUGCCAAGGCCGAGGCGAACAACGAGACGAAGACCAGCGCGAAAGAAAAGACCGAUGACGAACCUCUGCGCGAAGGAUCGAGAGCGCAAGAGCUACGUGCCCAGCUUCGCGAAGCCCGAGAAGAAAAUAAGAAAAAGGACGAUGAAUUGCGCCAGCUCAAGCAAGAAUUUGAGGCUUACCGCAACGAAACUCAAGCACAUAAUGCGGACACAAACGCAGUACUGGAACGGGCACACGCCAAGAUUGCAGAACUCAAAAAGGAGGUCAAGACGCUUAAGGCGGGAGGCCAUGGUGCUCCUGAGCAAGAUGAUCACGCUGCGCGACCGAAGAGCUGGCAUGCCCAAUCAGAUGCUGGCCGUCUGGUAGAAGAAGGUUCGAAGUCCAGGAACGUUGUAUCGGACGAAAGCAACAGGGACCAAAGGCAUGCCACGGCCCGACGAAGCUUCGACCUGACUGAUUUAGAAGGCGACACAAUGGAGCUCAAAACUACAGAUCCCAAUGUUCCUUCACUGCGACAGAAGUUCUCAGACGACGCUGUCCCAAGAGUCAGUAAAUCCGAUGUCGGUAUGUCCAACAUGGUCUCGUCAAGUCUCGGCAGCAAGCCGGACAUUGGGCGGCCUAGAUGGCAACCAUUUGUUCCACGAUCGCCAAGAAAUCGAGGGUACCUUGGCGAGGAAAUUGCCAAGCGUAUCGAAAACGGAGGUGAAACUCCCGGUCGGCCAAACUUUGAAGAGAUUACCGUUCCUGAUUUACCCGCACUCGCCAAGUCCAUUGCUCAGUCAAAACGAACCACUUCUACGGGAAAUAUGGACGAAAAGAUCGAUUUGUUGCAGGAUCACUAUGCACGCCUCGGAGGUCCCGAUCCAAAAAACAGUGUAUUUACUGCCAACGCAUCGAGGCUACCACCCGAGCGCAGAGCUGCAGCAAUCGCAAGAAUCGAGCAAAGAAUGGCAGAAAAGAAGCGCAUGCGCGGAAGAAAGGCAUUUGACAAGGAGAAUGUUCGGCCUUGA